GCAAGUCCAUGUCAUUAGACUGACAGGUCAUGUACACAUCUCACCGGUACACCAAAGAAAAACAACUGCUGCAUAAAUUGUAUAUAUAUGAAUGCGUAGAUCGCCCGUCAUUUGAGAUGUUGAUCCGGAGACAUACCCAGUUGCAGAGAAUUUUUUUUUCUUCUCGUUUCGAAAAGAACGUUUUGGAUUUGAGCUUCAGAACACGGAGGAAAAUUUUCCAGCAAGUCGCCAUUGGAGUCCAUCGUUUUCUUUGUGCAGAGCCUAUCCUUCUCCUCCCGUGGGAAUGAAAUGAGCGAAAUUAGCUGUUUAGUUUUAACCAAAUCAUGGACGUCACUGUUGCGUGAGCCACUCAGACUUGUUUCUGUUUUUUCAUUUGUAAUUGACCAGCUGAUUACUAGGAUUAGUACUCCCUGUUUGUUAAUCAAACGUCUCCAUGCUGCAUAAGCAGGAAACAAGUUCAGAACAAAUGUCAAGUUGCAUCACAUCGUCGUCAUUGACACUAUUUGCCUCUUAAAAAUAAACUAUUGUCGAUUAAAGCACUUCGUUUCCACGGUUUUGACCUGUACAGUGAUGGGCCUCAUCUUCUAGUCUGAAGUCUGAACAAACUGAAUACAAUAUUCUGAAUUUCUGAUAGUCUGAACAAAGUGUGAUCACUGCCUGAAGAAAAUCAGAAGUGAAACAAAAAAAAAAAAAACUACAGAAAAGCAAGUUGUCAUCCACAUGGAGAGCCCCCAAAAGAUGGAGAUGCCAAAGUGAUACUGGUCCAUAGCCACACAAUCAUACUAGCAUUAUCUCCUCAUCAUUCAUCAUCUCACUCAAAUUCAGUAGUAGCAUGCACUGAAGCAAGUCAAUGAUUCUGGUUCUUCUUAAAGAAAAUAAUAAAAAAAAACAUUGGAUAGAAGGUCACAACAACCAAAUCCUUUUACUUGAUGGUUCCAAUAAUCCACAUGUCCCUACACUCACAAAAGACUCUCCCGGUUCUUCUACCGUUCUACGCCACCAAAUGGUCACUGCAGCAGGUUCAGGACAAAGCAACCUGUUUCUGUAGUCAUUCACGUGUUCCUCUUCUCCAGUACUAGUAGCUGCUAAUUGCCAAAGCAGCCACAUGGAUUGACAUAGCUUCUCAUUGGAGAAGAAGAUCCAAGAAGAAGGCCAAAGCGGCUAAGCUUUGGCCAAAGCAGCCUUCUCUUCUUCUCUAGUGGGAAAGUGAGAUAAGAAGCAGCCAUCAGAAGAGCACUCCCUUGUUUUUUGACCAAAACUUUGCUGCUCACUGUCCUAGCUGGAGAGAAUCCAGCGAUACACGCAUGUCUUCUUCUUCAGCUCGGUCUUGGUUGCCGACCUCAUUUGCAGAUUUCUGCACAUGAGGCAUCUCUCUCUCGAAGUAUCGUGUUUUGAUUUGGGCAGGUAGCCAGCCACUGUGAGAGUGUGAGCUGAGGUGAGCAUCGCCAUGGGAGAGGUUGCAGAAGACAUCUACACCCAAGAUGGCACCGUGGACGUCAAGGGCAACCCGGCCACCAAGAAGAACACCGGCAACUGGCGUGCCUGCCCCUACAUCCUCGCUAACGAGUGCUGCGAGAGGCUGGCCUACUAUGGCAUGAGCACCAACCUCGUGAACUACAUGAAGACGCGGCUCGGGCAGGAGAGCGCCAUUGCCGCCAACAAUGUCACCAACUGGUCGGGGACUUGCUACAUCACCCCCCUUCUCGGUGCCUUCUUGGCUGAUGCCUACAUGGGCAGGUUCUGGACCAUUGCCAGCUUCAUGAUCAUCUACAUCCUGGUAACUAAUCGUCUUGGAUUUCAGUUUCUGAUUGCUAUGAUCGAUGGUGUGAUCGAAGAGAGAGAUGUUUUGAUGGUUGCAGGGUUUGGCGUUGCUGACAAUGGCGUCGUCGGUGAAGGGGCUGGUGCCGGCGUGCGACGGAGGAGCGUGUCACCCGACGGAGGCGCAGACGGGGGUGGUGUUCUUGGCGCUGUACCUGAUAGCGCUGGGCACCGGCGGGAUCAAGCCGUGCGUGUCGUCGUUUGGCGCGGACCAGUUCGACGAGAACGACGAGGGGGAGAAGCGGAGCAAGAGCAGCUUCUUCAACUGGUUCUACUUCUCCAUCAACAUCGGCGCGCUGGUGGCGUCGUCGGUGCUGGUGUACGUGCAGACGCACGUCGGGUGGGGGUGGGGGUUCGGCAUCCCGGCCGUCGUCAUGGCCGUCGCCGUCGCCAGCUUCUUCGUCGGCACGCCGCUGUACAGGCACCAGCGGCCCGGGGGCAGCCCGCUGACGAGGAUCGCGCAGGUGCUCGUCGCGUCGGCGAGGAAGUGGGGCGUCGAGGUCCCCGCCGACGGGUCGCGGCUGCACGAGACGCUCGACAGGGAGUCCGGCAUCGAGGGCAGCCGCAAGCUGGAGCACACCGGGCAGUUCGCGUGCCUCGACAGGGCGGCGGUGGAGACGCCGGAGGACAGGUCGGCGGCGAACGCGUCGGCGUGGCGGCUGUGCACGGUGACGCAGGUGGAGGAGCUGAAGAGCGUGGUGCGGCUGCUGCCGAUCUGGGCGAGCGGGAUCGUGUUCGCGACGGUGUACGGGCAGAUGAGCACCAUGUUCGUCCUCCAGGGGAACACGCUCGACGCCAGCAUGGGGCCGCACUUCUCCAUCCCGGCGGCGUCGCUCUCCAUCUUCGACACCCUCAGCGUCAUCGUCUGGGUGCCGGUGUACGACCGCCUCAUCGUGCCGGCGGUGCGCGCCGUGACGGGGCGCCCACGCGGGUUCACCCAGCUGCAGCGGAUGGGCAUCGGCCUCGUCAUCUCCGUCUUCUCCAUGCUCGCCGCCGGCGUGCUCGACGUCGUCAGGCUGCGCGCCAUCGCUCGCCACGGGCUCUACGGCGACAAGGACGUCGUGCCCAUCUCCAUCUUCUGGCAGGUGCCGCAGUACUUCAUCAUCGGCGCCGCCGAGGUGUUCACGUUCGUCGGGCAGCUGGAGUUCUUCUACGACCAGGCUCCCGACGCCAUGCGCAGCAUGUGCUCGGCGCUGUCGCUCACCACCGUCGCGCUAGGCAACUACCUCAGCACGCUGCUCGUGACCAUCGUUACCCAUGUCACCACCCGGAACGGCGCCGUCGGGUGGAUCCCGGACAACCUCAACCGCGGCCACCUCGACUACUUCUUCUGGCUGCUCGCCGUGCUCAGCCUCAUCAACUUCGGCGUCUACCUCGUCAUCGCCAGCUGGUACACCUACAAGAAGACGGCGGAUUCACCGGACGACAAGGCCGAGCACGCCGGAGCAAACUGAGCCACGAGGUGAAGCUGAUUAUGACAUACAAGGGGGAAUUGAACUGAAUUGUGGCGUGUGAAUGUCAGAAUGUGUGGGGUUCUAAACAAGUUCUUGGGAGAUAAAAUGGAAAGGAAAUUAGUGUCGUUUGUGACCUUCAAAUAUGUUAUAGUGUUCAUUGCAUUAUGUCUGGUAGGAAAAAAUGAAGAAGAAUAGGAGGAUAUAGUAGUUUAAAAAUAUAAAUGUGAUGUUUAGUUUUCUAGAAAUGCAUUGGCCAAAGUUGUUCAAGAAAUAAGGUCUUCUGUGGUGGAGUAUCUCAUAAGUUCAUUAGGUUGCAGAAA